UACUUUACAGUUUACAACAGCAGAAAAAGUCACCACCUUUGUGUGUUCUCUGAGCUUUCUUGAUAACCCCAUAAAAACCCACCAGCCAAAGCUUCAAACACUCAGCUUUGCAUAAACUCAAAGAGUGAGAGAUAAAGGGAGAAUGGUUGUGGCUCCAAAAAUGGUGGUGGGGGUGGCUCUGGUGCUGGUAUGGGCCAUGGUAGUGAUGGUUCCUGAGGUGGCUGCAACCAGGUGGACUGUGGGAACUAACCAGGGCUGGGCUAAUAAUGUGAACUACACAAUUUGGGCUCAAGACAAGCACUUUAUCAAUGGAGAUUGGCUCUUUUUUGUGUACGAUAGGAACCAGAUGAAUGUGCUAGAGGUGAACAAGACAGACUACGAAUCGUGCAACUCUGAUCAUCCACUUCACAACUGGACUACCGGAGCUGGGAGAGACGUGGUUCCACUUAAUGUGACACGUAAUUACUACUUCAUCAGUGGCAAGGGCUUCUGCUAUGGCGGUAUGAAAUUAGCUGUCCAUGUUGAAAACCCACCUCCACCUCCCGCAGCUUCCCCAGUCAAAAGUGGCUCUCCAUCAAUCUACCAAAACAAGCUUGUUUUACCAGCUCUUUUCGCCAUCAGUGCUUUGUGGGACGCCCUCAUCCAUUUUCGGUAAACAUACCAAGCUAGCAAAUAUUUAUCAGAUUACCGGGUUCUCCUUAGACAUUCCUUAACCAAUUUGUGAAGGAAUUGAGUUAUCUUCCUCAGCAUAUUUUACAAAUUUUUCUUGUUGGGGUAACCUUUAUGUGAUGUAUUUUUUCAUUAUAGAUGACUAGAUAUGUUUGAAUUGCAAAUGGUGUGGUGGUUGUUGCUGUGAAUGUUGACAAACGACAGUUGAAGAUUUGAAUUUAUUUAUUGGAGGAUUUCACUGCAUAAAUUAUGCAAAUGGUU